AGUGCUCUCUCAAUGUGAUCUGGUAUCGAUUUGUUUGGUGUAAUAAGAAGGAUAUUUUUUUCAUGAUAGGAAAGUAGCUCCGAAAUCCGGAGUGUCAAAGUCACAGCGAAGUUGAGUAUGGCGUGCUGUAAAAGAUGGGAAUAGUGUCUAAUCUCCUGUCUUUCACUAUCGACAGGCUGUUGCGGAUCUCCGGGUUUUCUGAAAACAAGAAUGUACUGAGUGCCAGGAAGAUGGACGAAAAGGCGUUAGAGGUUUAUGAUGUGAUCCGCACUAUCCGCGACCCGGAAAAGCCCAACACCCUGGAGGAGCUGGACGUGGUGUCCGAGAAGUGCGUCCAGGUGCAGGAGCUGGGGGAGGACGAGUACCUCAUUGUGAUCCGCUUCUCCCCCACGGUGCCGCACUGCUCCCUGGCCACCCUCAUCGGUCUUUGUUUGCAAGUUAAACUGCAGAGGUGUUUGCCAUUUAAACACAAGUUGGAAAUUUACAUCUCGGAAGGGACCCACUCCACGGAGGAGGACAUUAACAAGCAGAUCAACGACAAGGAGCGGGUGGCUGCUGCGAUGGAGAACCCCACCCUGUGUGAGAUGGUGGAGCAAUGCAUCUUGGAGCCCGAUGACUGAACAGCACCUGGCGGCUGCGGGUGUGGGGGGGGGGCUACCUCCUUCAUCAGGGACACUCUGGUAAAAAAAAAAAAAAAAACCCAUGAGCCAAGGACCACUGGGGAGGCUGCGGGAGCAUUAUUUGGUCUGCAAAUCCCAAAAAUGAAAAUCUGGAGUAGCCUAGUGAGGUGUGGAUGUAGUUGUCCCUAAAUAGUACCCUGAUACUGCUGUUAGCUACACAGAAGAGGGUCCCAGGGUCAGUCUGGGGCCUCAGAGGGUGUAGGGAAUGGAGUUUUCAGAUACAUAAACCCAGGAGGGACACACCCACAUGUAAGAAAGGUAUAGUUUGCCAACAGCAUUAUUAUUACAGUAACUGUUAGCAGGCCAGGAGGACAACCUUUCCUGGAAACCGUGAACCUCCACCACAUAGAACCUGCCCUGGUUCUGUGGAUAAGUAAGGAAGGAACGUGCCGUCCUGUUAUGACUUACUGCUGCGAUAUUUACCUACGUUUUUAAACAGUUACAUUAAGCAGGCAGUGACUUUUCUUCACCCUGCAUGAUGGAAACACUGUUUCCAUGAAUCUCCAGUCCAGUCAGAGUAUUUUUUUUUUUUCCUCAGUGUGGGGUGGGGAGUUUUAUAGAAUUGAAUACAAAGUAAGUAAUUUGAUGUACAGUGUCUGUUUUUUGUGUCCCGUGACGAGAUCGAGGCUGACAGUGGAGCCUCACUGCGUGUGAUAAUGCUGAAGGGCCAUGCGGUCUGAUGAUGGAUCACAUGUCAGGCUGCAUUCACAGCACAAGGCGGGAAAGGAGAGUCCCAGUGCAUCAUGAGAAAUCACCAGCCCUUUUGUGAUAAAGUAGAGACUUCAGUGACUACAGUACCUGAGCUUAGGGAGACGGCAGGGAGAGACAGGCUACACACAAACCUCACUGGCCAGCAGUCCUCUCCGUUCUGGGAUUUGAAGGUGUGAUUAUCUGCAGUCUCCCCGAACCUGGUUAAAUUGAGUGACAGCAUCACAGAGCAGAAUGUGAAGCUUUCAUGAAGGCAGUAAUCCUCUGCCCAAGAUCGUUAUUAGCAUUCUCGUGUAUUAAGGCUUAAGUCACGGCCUCCUGUCAUUCAAGCAUUUAUGAGAAAUCAAAUUACAUACGGUUUUGUGAAACGAUGCAGAUUGGAUUUCUGAAUCCUCUUCUUUGGGCCUCUUUGAGUUUUGGGCUUCACCAUCUCAUUAAAGCUCCCCCCCCCCCCCCCCCCCCCUUACAUGGAGCUCACACAGCUAGUGUGUAAUAGGACAAAUGCUGUCUAAUGAAUCAUUUACUGAGCAGCAUGUCACCCAGGAGACACCACAUUACAACCGAUUAUGUCUACGGUGCUGCUGGCAAAGUACACAUGCAUAUAAAAACGUCCUCUGGGAGGCGCUGUGUCUCCUCAGUGAGAGGUUCCACUGUCGGUUUUUGUCUAACUAGUAAAAUUUGGAUGUUUUUAAGGAAAACUUUACAGAAAAGUUCAGAAAUACUGUUGUUGUAAAGAAAGCAGCAUUAACAAUUCACCUAAAUAAAAAUAUAGUUUGUGGCAUA